AUGCGGUGCUCAGGCUUGUUCUACUCUGCUGUUCUUCUAGGCUCGAUCUUCCAACUCGCAUCGGGUACUUGCAAUGCCCGACUCCGCCGUCAGACAGCCGAAAUCGCCCUACCGCUAAGCGACCUCUGCGCUGGUCCCGAACUCGAUGGCAGUUCCUUCACCAUCACCUGCUCUAUAGGACCGGGUUUCAGCAUACCAAGUAUCGACUUAAACUCGUGCCUCAACAACGAUGAUGGAGUGUUGGGAUUUUCCCACGGCUCCGCGUUUCUGACUUGUUCUGGAUGCGAACUUCAAGACUUGAGGCUUACCUGCAACUGUCAAACGAUAGAACACGGCCCCGUGAGCACUAUGAUCGACCUCAAUGAGGGGGUGUUUCUCAGGCCUGAUGGGCAGUUGGCAUGCUAG